CGGACAUGCUGCCCGAGCCUGCCGACCGGAGGUUAUAAGGACUCGGGCGUCUCAUCGCACCGUCCCAUCGUUAUCUGCGUGCCGUUCUGCCGCUAGGUUGUCGCUAUCGUCGUCGGGCAAAGUGACUCGGGCGCGUACUUGGGUACUUAUUGCAUCGCACGCCAAGGCAGAUCUACGCCCGUCUUCCGUGUCUUCGACCCCUUGCACUUUCAAGCAUCCUCUAAAAUCACCUCCCCUUACAUCACCCACUCUUCCCCUCACCUUAUCCACUCGACCAUGUCUGCCCCAGCCUACGUCGAGAAGCUGAAGAGCAUUCCAAAGGAGAAGUUCCUGUUCGGUCCCUCCCCGAUCCAGUUCCUACCACGCCUCAGUGAGAAGUUGUCAGGUGGCAAGGUCAAGAUUUACGCCAAGCGCGAGGACUGCAACAGCGGGCUAGCGUACGGCGGGAACAAAGUCAGAAAGCUCGAGUAUCUCGUCGCCGACGCUAAGGCGCAGGGCGCGGAUACGCUUGUGUCCGUUGGUGGUGUGCAGAGCAACCACACGCGCGCCGUCACUGCCGUCGCGGCUGCCUCGGGCCUCAAGGCCGUCACCGUGCAGGAGAAGUGGGUGCCCAUCGACCCGCCGCUGUACGACAAGACGGGCAACAUCCUGCUCUCGCGCAUCAUGGGCGGCGACGUGCGGCUGAACCAGGAGGGCUUCGAUAUCGGGCACAAGGAGGCGACGCUGAAGGCGCUGGAGGAUGUGAAGAAUGGGGGCGGGAAGCCCUACUACAUCCCCGCAGGCGCGUCGGACCACCCGCUCGGCGGCCUGGGCUUCACGAACAUCGUGCUGGAGAUCGCGGAGCAGGAGAAGGCGCUCGGCGUGUUCUUCGACACCGUGAUCGUGUGCAGCGUCACCGGCUCAAGCCACGCGGGCCUCAUCGUCGGCGCGGUCGCGGAGGGCAAGGGGCGCAAGGUCAUCGGCAUCGACGCGUCGGGCAAGCCGGAGGCGACGAAGGCGCAGGUCGCACGUAUUGCAAGGGCGACGGCGACGCUGCUGGACCCGAGCCUGACGAUUCCGGAUGAGGCGAUCAUCCUGGACGAGCGCUUCCAUGAGGGCAUCUAUGGGAUUCCGGGCCCGAGCACGAUGGCUGCGAUUGCGACGGCGGCGCAGACGGAUGCCAUGAUCACUGACCCUGUGUACGAAGGCAAGAGCAUGGCUGGUCUGAUCAAGCUGGUCGAGGAGGGCAGUAUCAAGGAGGGAAGCAAUGUGCUUUACGUCCAUCUCGGCGGUCAGCCAGCGCUCAACGCGUACUCGAGCUACUUCUAAGCUGUGUCUCCGGCGUUUUGCUGAUUAUUGCUGCGCUGGCAUCAGCGUGUGUGCAAAAAUGAAUGUAAUACCACUCGUGUACUUUUGGAAAGCCAAUUGCAGUGCACAUACGCCCGC